AUGGCGGCUGCAAGUUAUCAUGGACGUUUGGCGGAGUUCAGCCCAGGAAUUGACACCGUAGAGGACUAUAAAGAGAGGUUCUUCUUGUAUUGUACAGCUAACUCGAUCGAAGAUGGAGACAAACAGAAGGCCGUGUUCUUGACGAGCAUCGGAGGGACGACCUACACCCUAUUGAAGAACCUAGUAAGACCGCGACUGCCGCAAGAUCUCGAGUUGGAGGCGCUGAUUGACAUGCUAAAGAGGCACUACCAGCCCAAAGUAGUCGUCAUAGCGGAGCGAUUCAAGUUCUUCAAAAGACAACAGCGAGAAGGUGAGUCAAUCGCUGUGUAUUUGUCUGAGCUGCGUCGGUUAGCGAAGGACUGCGAGUUUGGGGAGUAUUUACAAACCGCACUACGCGACCAACUCGUAUGUGGGUUGAAUAGUGAAGCACUACAAAGGAAAGUGUUGGCAGAGGCAGACCUUACAUUAGAGAGGGCUCUGCAAAUAUCACAGGCAUUCGAAGCAGCGAGACAAGAGACAAGGGUUCUUCGUGGGUGUGCACCACAAGGUCCGCCCACUCUGAAGUCUGAGACCGCGUACAUUGUUCGGAAAGACACAACAGGUGUCAAUACGAAAACCACGAAACACGGAAGUGGUGGCGAACAAGCAUGUCACCGAUGCGGAACGAAAGGGCAUACGCCACAGAAUUGUAGAUUUAAGACACAAACGUGCCAUUUUUGCAAGGGACAGGGGCAUAUUAGUCGAGUAUGCCGGAAGAGAAUGCAGAGUAGAGAUUCCAAAGACGCAACACGUGGAAAGGGGAAGCCCCGAACUACCCAUCAUGUAGAUGAUGAAUUGCUUAGUGUUGUUUAUAGUAUCUCAAACAAGAGAGGUGUCACAGUGGAAAUGGACGUUGCUGGAAGACAGAUAGAGUUAGAAAUAGAUACCGGAGCAACAGUUACGGUUAUCCCCACUAGUACAUAUCAGAAGUACUUGAAACAUAUACAGUUGCGCCCAAGUACCACCAGAUUGCACGCGUACAAUGGACAGCCCUUGAAUGUGCAAGGAGAAGCGGAAGUUCCUGUAAGAUACAAGGGACAGCAAGUAAAUGUAAAGUUUCAUGUGGUAAAAGUGAAGAACAAGCCCGCCAUCCUAGGAAGAGACUGGUUGAAACAUUUUAAACUAGAUUGGGAUUCAAUCUUCACUGUACAGAAAUUUCAGACAAUAGACCCAGUGGAAACCUUUCCACAGUUGUUUGGCACUGGGGUAGGUACAUUGGUUGGAUAUCAGGCCAACAUCAUGUUGAAUACAGAUGCCAAACGAAAGUUUCAUCGACCCAGACCGAUUCCAUAUGCCUUGCAUGGUAAGGUCGAUGCUGAACUCGAACGGAUGCGGAAGGAAGGUAUUCUGAAACCAGUAGAGAAGAGUGAAUGGGCAGCACCCAUCGUGGUAGUUCGAAAGGGGGAUGGAAAUGUUAGAAUAUGUGGCGACUACAAGGUCACCAUCAACCCCUAUAUUGAUUUGGAUCAAUAUCCGAUGCCAAAUCCAGAUGACUUGUUUUCGACCUUAGCAGGAGGGAAGAAAUUUUCUCGUUUGGAUCUCAAGCAAGCGUAUCAACAGAUGUUAGUAGACCCCAGAAGUCAGCAAUACCUAACCAUCAAUACACACAAGGGCAUGUUUACGUACACAAGGAUGCCAUUUGGCAUAAGCUCAGCACCCAGUAUAUGGCAACGAGCUAUAGAUAACGUUUUAUCAGGACUGGACGGAGUCAUCUGCUACCUAGAUGAUAUUCUAAUAGUGGGCAACAGUGAUGAACAGCAUAACCACAGGUUAUUCAAGGUCUUGGAAAGACUGAACCAAGCCGGAAUUAAGCUAAAAAUGGAAAAAUGUGAAUUUGGCAAGUCGAAGGUAGAAUAUUUGGGGCACGUGGUGAGUGCAGAAGGCAUAUCCCCAUCUCGGAGUAAGAUGGAAGCGAUUCAAAAUGCACCUGACCCUAGCAACGUGACUGAAUUGAAGGCUUUCUUGGGACUUCUAAAUUAUUAUGGGAAGUUCUUACCUAAUUUGUCAUCGACAUUACAACCACUGUAUAUCUUACUGAAGAAACAGCAACGUUGGAAGUGGUUGGAUCAACAGAGAAAGGCAUUCCGGCAGGCAAAACAAAUACUAGUGAAAUCGGACUUACUAGUACAUUAUGAUUUGGGUAAGCCCAUCAAGUUAAGUUGUGAUGCUUCACCAUAUGGAGUAGGAGCGUGUCUAUGUCAUGUCAUGGAAGAUGGCACUGAACGCCCAGUCGCAUUUGCAUCACGAACACUAGCUCCAGCUGAGAAGAAUUAUGCUCAUGUAGAAAAAGAGGCCCUAGCCUUGAUUUAUGGAGUAAGACACUUCCAUAAAUACCUGAUGGGAAGGAAGUUUACGCUAUUAACCGAUCAUCGACCACUACUGAGAAUUCUAGGAGCUAAGGAAGAAGUUCCUACGCUAGCAGCUGCACGACUGCAGCGCUGGGCACUCAUAUUAAGUGCAUACAGCUAUGAGCUAGAAUACAGGGCAGGGCAGGAUAACAAGGAAGCUGAUGUAUUGUCUCGACUUUCUAUACCAGUAGAAGUAAUUGAUCCAAAUGAACAAAUCUUUGGAGUGGAUUAUUGUGAACCAUUGCCCAUGACUGCCAAAGAGAUUGCAAAGGCAACCCAAUUGAAUGUGGUGACAAGGAGAGCAUAUCAAUAUACUCGAUACGGAUGGACUACCAGAGAUGUGGACCAAUCCUUACAACCAUUUGCUAAACGUGCUAAUGAGUUAUCGAUCGAAGGAGGCUGCUUAUUGUGGGGCAGCAGAGCUAUCAUCCCAGAGGAAUUGGGAAAGACCGUAUUAACGCAGAUACAUGAGGGUCAUCUGGGGACCAGCAAAAUGAAGGCCUUGGCCAGAAGUUACGUGUGGUGGCCAAACCUGGACAGGGAUAUAGAAGAUUUGGCAAGAUCAUGUGAACAGUGUCAAAACCAGAAGAGUAGACCAAGUACUACUAAACCCUCACAUCCAUGGAUCUACCCAACAUCACCAUGGGAACGUGUCCAUGCGGAUUUUGCAGAGUUUGCGGGGAAGCAGUAUUUACUUAUUGUAGAUGCCUUCUCUAAAUGGCCGAAAGUCCACGAACUGGGUAUACAUGCUACUACAGGGCAGACAAUUGAAGCUAUGCGAAGAAGCUUUUCUUGUCAUGGAUUGCCACAGCGACUUGUAACCGACAACGGUCCUCAGUUUAGGGCACAAGACUUCAAGGAGUUUAUGGAGGCCAAUGGAAUCAAGCAUCAACUGACUCCACCCUACCAUCCUGCAUCUAAUGGACAGGUAGAGCGAAUGGUACAAGAGUUGAAAAAGAGCUUGAAGGUUCGACCAGCGGGAAGAUCGAUAAGUCAUCAAGUGUCUUCGUUCCUUCUACACUAUCGUACGACUCCACAUACUGCAACAGGCAAAACUCCUGCGGAAUUGUUGAUCAAACGAAUACCAAGAACCAAGUUAUCUUUGUUGCGCCCAGAGGUAAGUGACAUUGACAGAGAUGAACAGAGGAUCAAGUUCGAGGAAGCUACCAAACGAUCAAGACAACUGGAUCCUGGUUGUAAAGUCAGUGUGUGGAAUCCACGUCAAGAUAGUCGUGGUAGGUGGUUGGUGGGAACCGUUGAACAACAGCUAGGACCAACCAGCUAUUUAGUGAAUGUGGAAGGACAUUGCAGGUACGUGCAUAUAGACCAAAUGCGUUGGAGAGAUCAACGGAGUGUACCAGAAACAGCUGAUGUAAGUGUACCAGAGAUAGAGGUGGAAGAGAUACCAGUACCAGUCAUUCCUGUGAAAGAGACAGGACAAGUAGUUCAAUCUACUAAACACAAGGACCAAGAUGAGGAGUCUACCUUGAUCUCCAAGGAAAUGUUAUCACCUCCAGAAGACCACGAGAUUGAGACUCCCAGACGAUAUCCAAAGAGACAAAACAGACAACCACCAGCAAGAUAUCGUGAACAAUAG